AUGACACUUACUCCAACAAAUCACCAUCUUUUCAUAUCCGCAUCCAUGCUCGCAUCCAAGGUUAUCUGUGACGACACUUACUCCAACAAAUCCUGGAGUAUUGUAGCCCAGGGCAUGUUCCAAUUGCGAGAAAUCAAUCAGGUGAGUUGUCAGUGUAAUUAUAAUUCACCAUCCAGCAACUCAAAGUGCACUUCCUCUGCUUGA